AUGUUCUCCGCCGCCGUCCUCUUUCCUGCUCCGGCCCCUCUCCUGCGUUUCCUCUCUCUUGCAGGGGCUGCACGUCUGCGGCCGCCGCAACCCUUCCCGCCGCCGAGCUCCGCCACUCGCCGGGCCGCCACCGCAGACAGCGGGUGCCGGGUUCUCGCCAUGGCCUCCUCCUCCUCCUCCGCCGCCGGGACGCCGCCGCCCCACAGGCACAUCAACCGCCUCGCCUCUGAGCAUAGCCCGUACCUGCUCCAGCACGCUCACAAUCCGGUGCAUUAGUCAUCCCCUGUUCUUGUUUCCGGUUGACCGUGCCUGCACACAUAGUGGGGCCGUCUCGUUUUGACAGAAUGGAUUGCUCGGACAAAUGGUGCUCUCAUGUUUUUUCGGUCCUCUUGGGGAGGUCUUAUCUUCGAACGGAACUGGUUGACAGCAGCUUUUCCAAGUUGUUGAAGUUAUUCCUGGGCAAUACCUGGGUCUAUGAAAUCAUUCUUAACCCUGUUGUUGCUUAAGAGGUUGCACGCUUCCUUUAGCAAUCCUCGAUAAAUUCCUUUAAUAAAUUCACUGCGUUGCCUUCACCUGGCAUCUGGCCACCGAGUGCAUAGUUAUUUUUUUCAGCAGUCAACCAAUAUUUAAAUUAUCUCUGAGGAUUGAUCUCCUUGUCAGUAUGGAGAUUAAUGUCCUGCAUUUUCGCUGAAGGUUGAUUGGUACCCAUGGGGGGAAGAAGCUUUCAAGAGAGCUCGUGAAAGAGAUGUUCCCAUCUUUCUAUCAAGUGAGUAUCCUUCUUUUUCAUCAUUUUAUCAAAUCAUAGAUUCAUGUGCUGGUGAGAAUAAUCUCUUUUUGCUCUUAUAUUUCUACUGAAAUGCAUUUUAUUUUCCCCUCUUCUGCUUAUUUGUUUUAACUUCACGCUCUCCAUUGGAAGUUGGCUACAGCACGUGUCAUUGGUCAGUAUAUUAUCCUAUCCAGUUUCCACUCAUGUUCAAAUUUAUUGUUCAUCUCGUCAUCAUUUAAAUAAGAGAAUUGACUUUUACCGCUGGCCGUAUUUUAUGUUCAAAUUCAUAUCUAUUGAGCUUAUGAAGGGUAAAGAGCAAAAUGACAAGGAAAAUGUAGAGAGGUUCUUAAAAUUCUGCAUAGAGAAUUAAAAAUAAUGAAAAUUACCGCUGAGAGUUCUUAUUUCGAUCAUAUAUGAUCUAGUGAAGGAUAAAUGAUAAAAUGUUCAGAAAAAAAUUAUAAUUUUUUUGUCUUCGUAAACUGCUCAAAACUGUGUUGAUAAUUAAAAAGUGCCUGUGAGAAUUUUUAUUACAUUCUUAUUUCAUGAGGUUAUGAAAUGGUAAAACGAUAAUAAGCAUGCAUACUUUAAUGAACACGCAAAACAAUUUUUCAGGAUCUUGCAUGUUAAAUAUAACCCAUUAUACUAAGAUUUUUUAUUUCAUUCAUAUGUCAUGAAAUCACCGAGGUUAAGCAGUAUAAUUAAAAGAAGCAUGCAUGCUUCAGAGAACACGUACGGAAAUUUAGAAUCUUGCAUAUAUUAUGAAAUAUUUUCUCGUAAUAUUUUCACUCCUUACAGAAAACAUAGCCUGCCGUAAAAUAUUUAUGAAUAUGCAGGAUGAGGACCUUUUUUUUCUUCUGAUAUGUUAGUUACUGGUCACUUCCAGUUGAAGACAUAAGAUCAUUCUGUUUGCUCACUUAUUUAUCUCGUAGGUGUCAUGUGAUGGAGGUGGAAUCGUUUGAAAAUGAAGAAGUUGCCAAACUUCUGAAUGAUGGGUUUGUUAGUAUCAAGGUGAGGUGCUUAUAUUCUAGAAACAAAUGAUAUCCCUAAAGUAGCUGGAAGAGUUAUUACCGUGGUCACACUUCUCAUUUAUGUCCACACUGAGUUGAUGCAAUCUUCAUUUCUGUCAUAGAAUGAUGGAUAUAAUUUAUGACUUAUGCAAUUAUUAGCUUCUAACCUUCUUUUAACGUGACAGGUGGAUCGUGAGGAACGACCUGAUGUUGACAAGGUGAUUGCUGCGUCUCAAUGUAUUUUUAAUUUGAACUGAAUAUAUGACAUUGAUCAAGCACCAAUAAUAAGACUGUCUCAUGUCCUACUCUCUUGCAUCAGGCCCCUACCAACCUUUUUAUCUAGUGGAAUUUUAUAAUGAAAAUGAAUGCAACUAUUAGUGGAAUUUUAUAAUGUAUAGCAUAAUAAAUGAAUGAAAAAAAAUAGAAAUCCUUCGUUCAAUAACUCUCUUUUCCUGUAGGUAUACAUGACAUAUGUACAAGCGAUGUAUGGUGGAGGAGGUUGGCCCUUGAGUGUUUUCCUUUCUCCUAAUCUAAAGCCUUUUAUGGGCGGAACCUAUUUCCCACCUGAUGACAAGUAUGGGCGACCUGGUUUCAUGACAGUUCUCAGGCAGGUGACUCAUUAAAACUUGAUCCAAUUAUGACAUUUACCAUACUGUUUCAUUUUGUCAAAAUUUCUCCCCAUUUCCUUUUCAGAAAGGUAAGGGAUGCAUGGGAAACUAAGAAGGACAUGCUUGAGGAUGGAGGAUCCCGUGCAAUUGAACAGAUUUCUGAGGCAUUGUCAACCGCAGCUGCCUCUCGUCGAUUAUCUGAAGAGACUUUGCACAGUUCAUUACGAAAUUGUUAUGAGGAGGCAAGUUUUAGCGACAGAGUUGUAAUCAAAUUUUGUAUUUAUUUUACUUAUCUGGUGCUACUAGUUGCAUUGUAUGUUGAUUUCGGCUAAUGACAUGGAAUCGGUUGUGCUGCUCAUCAGGUCUUUCAUGAAAAAGCUGUCAUUUAUCCUGUAUAAAUCUGAGAAAAUACUAUAGAGAUAUGGAAAGCCUUUUGUAUCUUACUAAGUGGAUGUGCAUGACAAGUUAUCUAACUAUUUUUUCUUCUUUUUUUUUUAAAUCUACUUCUUUAGUGCAAUUGAAAAUGUUGUUUACGAUGUUAUCUUUAAUUAGGGAUGAUGGAAGAUUUGAUUUUUCAUUUGUAGAGGUGUUGUAGGAGGAAUUUUUUAUAUGAAUAUCCCUCACCUUCUUUUGUCUGUUGAGGGGAACAAAUAUUGGGAUUCCUUGUCAGGCAUAUAUAAAUACAUGUUCACACUUAUCGAUAUCUUUUUGUAUGUGCGUAUGUAUAUCUGCUAUCUAUAUUUGCAUGUAUAUCAUAUAGUCACAAAAUUUUAACUGUUUUGCUAUUUCAUGAGCCUAUUUUGCCAUGUUAUUUGAUUUAAUCAUUUUCUAUGCAACUGACUCCAAGUUAUGGCGAUUGCAAUAAUCUUUAGCUCGCAGACAGCUACGACCCAGAGUUUGGUGGAUUUGGAUCAGCCCCAAAGUUUCCUAGGCCUGUUGAAAUACAUCUAAUGCUUUAUUGGGCAAGGAAGCUUGAGGAUAUAGGGAAGGAGAGUGAAGCUAGCAAGCCAGAGAAUAUGGCUUCCUAUACCUUAAGAUGCAUGGCAAGGGGUGGUAUCCAUGAUCACGUUGGCGGCGGAUUUCACAGAUAUAGUGUUGAUGAAUGCUGGCAUGGUGAGUCUCUAUAGCCACCACCAAAAAAAAGUUAUUGACAGAGACUUCUGUAGGUUUUACUUAAUUUUUAAAAAUUUCUGGUCUAAUCAGAAUUGUCUUUGGGAAAAAAAUUCUUGUAUAAUCUGAAUAAUAUUGUUAUUCAAGACUGUAGUUUAUGAAGAAAAAGGUCAAGAAACGUAUUACCAUCAAAUUAAGGAAUUUUACGUUGUCAUUUCCUGAUUCCACAAGUUUAUUUUCUACUCGAUGAGCCCAAAUUUUAAAAUAUGAUUUGGGUAAAAGUAGAAACACGGAUAUGCAAUGUUCUUAUGAUUUUUGUGAAUUAUAUUCGCUUGUUUGGACUAACUUUCUCUUACAUCUACCGAUGGCACGUGUGAAUUUUUAGCUACUCCAGUUACCACCGACAAUGUGAAUUCAAUUGUAAUUCGUUAACAGUUCUAAAAAUGAUAUGCUGUUGUGUUCAUAUAUUGCCCCUGAUAAUUCCCCCUCGACAAAAAAAGGAAAAAUAAAAUGAAAAAGAAAGGAACAAAGUGAGUAGCAGAUGCCCCCUCAUAAGGAGUGUAUAACUCACCAAGAAAUACACGAGAAACCUUGCUACACCCUCACAUCUGUUUUCUUCUUUCCUCCGAAUUGUCCAAGAUAUUCCAUGAAUCAUCCAUCACUCUAGACUAAGCUGAUACCAAUUAUGCAUGUUGGAAGUGUGUGCUUCCUAUGUGGUAGUUCAUAUCCUCAAGGGGAAUGUAAGCAAAACACGUGGCAUCUAAUAGACCUAAAUUUUAUCCAAAGCCUCAUAGGAAUUGAUGCAAUGGGAAGUGGAACGGUACAGAUGUUUAGAAACUCCAUGCAUUGAAUAUUCAGUUGAAAAAUUAAGUACAUUAUCUACGUCAUGGACUAGUUCUGAACACAAACUUUUAACUGGUAAUAUGGAUUUUACAUGACAUGUUUCACUUGUAAGUCAUCUGUGAUCAGAUGCCAAGUAUUAUCAGCAGUUGUGUUGAUAACAUCAAUAACACUAUGUUCAUGAGAAAGCGAAUUCAGAAGUAUGAAAAACUGUGCUUACUUGGUGCGCCUUAUUGUAGUCACCUAUUGAUUAAAUGACGCUCAUGCUAUAAUUUUAAUUUCAUUAAUGUUUUGCAGUUCCGCAUUUUGAGAAGAUGCUCUAUGAUCAAGCCCAACUUGCUAAUGUUUAUUUGGAUGCAUUCGCGAUUACAAAGGACACCUUUUAUUCUUCCAUGGCCCAGGAUAUUCUUGAUUAUGUCAGAAGAGAUAUGACCGGACCAGAUGGUGAAAUUUAUUCAGCUGAAGAUGCAGACAGUGCUGAAUACGAAGGUGCCACAAGAAAAAGAGAAGGAGCAUUCUAUGUUUGGACGAGUGAGGAGGUUUGUCCAGAAGAGAAAACGUCCUAAAAACUUUCCGGUUUUUUUUUUAAUAUCAAUAAUAUUAUGAGGAAGAGUAUAAAAUCUCUCGCUUAAAAUAAUCCAUUAUUUCAUCUAUCUUUCAAGUGUCAUAUUUUCAUUCAAAUACACCAUACAGAAGUACAGAGAGAGAUAAAUAAAGUCCAUUGUGUACCUAGUUGGUCAGUAUGAUUUGUAUUCAUAUGUGCAUUGUUUUUCAUAUUUGAUGUGCAGCGUUCGUCAUUGUUCACCUUGAGUGUCUAUACCAUGCGUAUAUUUCCAGAUCUCAAUGGACACAUAUUUGAGGCUAUUUGCCCAGCUCAUCUCCAGAACCAUAGCUCACGGAAUUAUUUGUCCGAGAUUCUUCUUUAAGGGAGAAUUUCAAAACCCUUCUCAGGCUAUAGAAAGAAAAUAGGAAAUCAAAUGGAUGUAAUUCUGGUGAUCUCGUCCAGACUGGCUGUUUCCAGGUCAGGUCUCAACCAGAGAAAGUGAUCAAUAGGUUGAAGGCAUUAUUCCAUUUAUUGGGAUUACUACAGCAUGAUAGCUCUUGGGAUCAUUUAUGGUUUAUUAUUCAUCUACACUUGGUAAAAGAAAAAGUGAUUGUCCUGGGCAAGGAUGACAGAUUUAGGAUUAGAUUGCCAGAUAAGGGGGAUUAAAUCCCAAUAUAUGUUCAUAUUUUAUAGAUACUGGAAAUGAUUGAAGAAUCUUCCUUUAAAAAACUUGCACUAGAAAGAUUAUCUUUGCUCAUAAUCAGCCCACAAGUCAUAAAACGAAAACAGAGGCUUCAAAAAUAUUUUCGAACCUACUGAAGCGACCAAACCAGACAUUUCUUACGUCGAUUGCUUAGCUGGAAUAAGUCUUCAUGGGUCCGAAAAUUCUUUCUUUUUUCGGGGACUCUGGUUCAAAUAUGGAAUAUCUGAUGAGCCUUCAGUACAUACACUAUAAGGGAUUGUUUUAAUGAAGACACCUAAGGGAUGGACAUUUGGUUGAAAGUCAUUGAAGGAUUUAAUUUUUUUUAAUCUCUCUUAUCAUCGAUACCCAUUUCAUUCCUUUAGAAAGACAAGUUUAAUUACUAGAUAUUUUCUGACAAAGUUACUUCUUUUUUUUUUUCGUCUUUUGUGGAUAUUCGGCUCCAUGUUUCUUAAUAUUGUUUUUCCUGUAUGUUUCUUAGACUCUGCCCAAAAGGUUAUGAAAGGACUUAUGUAUGGCCCCAUUGUUCAAGUAAAGGUGGGAUUGUUGCUUGCUUGGCAAACACAUUCGAAUGUAGCUGCGAUGAAAAUGGGAAUUUAUAAUGACCAAAGAAGAAGAAAACUGGUUUUCGAAAUUUUUCUUAAUGGUGUUCUUGUCAAACGAGCAUUGAAUAUGGAUGGUAGAUAUAACAUGUAAAGUAUAUACCACUAAUUGUGGAUCGUCCUGCUUUCCUUAAGGUUGACAAGACUGUUGGAGAUGUGUCAGAUCUUUUCAAUGACCAUUAUUAUGUCAAAGAUUCAGGAAAUUGUGAUCUCUCCAGAAAGAGUGAUCCUCACAAUGAAUUCAAAGGAAAAAAUGUUCUGAUAGAGAGAGAGGAUAUAUCUUCGAGAGCGUCAAAAAUGGGCAUGUCUGUGGAUGAGUAUGCAGCUAUUCUUGGGACAUCUAGGAAAAAACUUUUUGAUGCACGUUUAACAAGACCGAAGCCACAUUUAGAUGACAAGGUAUCCAUUUACUACGUUCAAUAAAUUCUGAAACUCUGUACCCUUUUCUUAAUUUUCAAGCUUUUUAUGAUUCUUUAGGUUAUUGUUUCAUGGAAUGGACUGGCAAUAUCAUCUUUUGCAAGAGCUUCAAAAAUUAUAAAUAAUGAGGCUAUAGAAGCUAAAUUUUACUUCCCCGUCGUUGGCUGCAAUGUAAGUCAUGUACUUUCUAUGUUAAAGAUAUUCUUUCAUUUCUAGUCAUCUAUAUGAUUGGUGGUCUGUUGAGUCAAAUUCUAAAUGACAUGAACUUAAGUGGAACAUUAAUUUCAAGGUGCACAUAAAUUCAACCAAAUGUAAUUUGAAAUGUUUGAGUUAAUUUAUUGAUCUGCGAAUAUUUAAGCCAUUUAAUUACAAAUAAUGAACUUGGAUAGAGUUUAGUGAUUCUUUCAUCGGCUGGUUCAUGUCAAAGCCAAGUCAUGGGAUAAUCCUCAGCCCUAAGUCAUAAAUACACGUUGCAUGAAAAUUCUGUUAAUUUAUUCCCCUGUUCGUUGGCUUAUAAAGAUUAAUUAUCCAUCUAUUUCGAAAAAUCAACACAAGCAUAUUCCGACCAUGGAUCGGGUAUUUUAGAAGUUCUUCCUCCAUGUUGUGUAAUAAGAACUUAACUUAGUCCUAUUCCUUCCAAGAACCCUCUUCUCACUGGCUACUUUUUCCUUAAACUAGUGAAAUUUGUUUCGAAUCAGCCAACAUGUGACAGAUUCUCAUACAUUUUUCAAAUUUGGGGCAGUUUAGACAUUCUUUGCUCCAACAUAUGAAUUUCUAUGUUGUAGAGAGUUCUUGGAGGAAAUAAAACUUAGUAGUCUUAAGAAGUCUUAUUAAGGUGAUCUCAAGAUGCUUGUGCAGCGAAUUUCAGUACCAAGUUUUCAGAUGACUCCUGAAUAUAACCUUGGUUUAAAUGCUCUAUCCAUUGAGUGUUAAGCUUGUCUAUCAGAAAUGUCUCAAAUGAAUCAUUGAAUCAUGCUUGGAUCUUCUAGUCCAUUGUAGUUAUGUCAUUAUUAACUUCGUCCUCCUGAGGAGUUGCACUAUACGCAUAACUCUUUCUUUUUUUUUUCCCAGUAAGUCGUCAUCCUUAGCCCUUUUCUACAGUGUUUUUCCUGUAAACUUAGCAAGAAAAUAUGGGGAGGUUCAAAACUUGCGAGCUCUGAAGGGUCUGAGCUCCAAUCAUCAUAGUCUUUGUGAAGUGAAGUCCGGUUCUCAUCAAGAACUUUGCCCAUGCUGGAUCUUGACUGCUAUAACACUUAACAUAUUUUGCAAAGGUUCAGCACCCAUAGCUACACAUCCGCCAUACCCUUGGCUCAAGUGCAGAGUCAUUUGAAUCGACAUAAAAUUGAAGCUUUCCUUUGACUAGAUUAAUUUUAUCAGAAAUAAUGUAAGAGGUUGAAGAAUGAGCUCAUAUUGGUCAGCCUGCGUGGAAAUUGGUCUUCUGGGUUUGUGUUCCAGAAACAAUCACCAUUAACUAAAAAUAGACCUUCCCUCCAGGGUUUAGGUUUGUUUCAUGCUAUUUAUACUGAGAAUCACUAACCAAGAAAACUACAUUUGAAAGUCAAACUUUCCAAUAUUCCUGCAAUCUACCAUGUGGACUCCAUCUGAGAACUUGAUUGACUUCUGGGUCUUCAUUCUGUGCAUGUUGUGCUUCUUCUGUUCACAGCCAAGCGAGUACCUGGAAGUUGCAGAGAAGGCAUCAGCUUUCAUCAGGACUCAUCUCUACGACGAGCACUCUCACAGACUGACUCACAGCUUCCGAAAUGGCCCAUCAAAAGCUCCAGGCUUUCUGGACGAUUAUGCCUUUCUGAUAGCAGGGUUGCUGGAUCUAUACGAAUUUGGUGGCGCAAUCAAGUGGCUUAAGUGGGCUGUUGAUCUGCAGGCUACUCAGGCAUGCAGAUGGGCACAUUUCUCUCCGCAUCAAGAUCAUUCUGUACCAGUCUUUUUCGCCUCUGUGAGUCUCACUGUUCUUGAUAUCCCAUGGUUUUCCAGGACGAGCUGUUCCUCGACGCAAUAGGGGGAGGAUACUUCAACACUCCGGGAGAAGACCCUUCUGUCCUUCUACGAGUUAAAGAAGAUUACGAUGGUUCAGAGCCUUCCGGAAACUCUGUAUCAGCGAUAAAUCUCAUAAGACUGUCCUCCAUGUUCUCGAAUGGCAGAUCUGAUGAUUACCAUAAAAAAGCAGAGCACCUCAUGGUUUGUUCGACCUUGCAAAGCCAUAUAAUGUCACUGAUUUUAUUGUCACACCCAUCAAUGCUUGGAUUCAUGAUUCCUACUCCAUAAUCUGUAUCCUUUUUUUCUUCUUUUUUUUCUUGCAGGCGGUGUUUGAAUCUAGACUGAGAGAGCAGAGUGUAGCAGUCCCACUGAUGUGCUGCGCUGCAGACAUGCUGGCUGUUUCGUCCAGGAAACAGGUGGUGAUAGUUGGCAACAAGGCUUCCCCAGAAUUCAAUGGCAUGGUCUCCACUGUUUACUCGUCAUAUGAUCCUAACAGGAGGGUGAGCAGUACUCUUCUAAUUGAGUGGAGUUGAUCACUUGAUGAUCUUACUUCUUUUUUUCCCUCCCUCCGUCUUGUAAUCUCACAUUCAGAUCACCCAACCCUUCGUUCUUCAUCUCCCUUUCCACCUUAUAAAGUCUUGAGAAGCUCCAUUCAGAUCACCCAAUCCUUCAUUCUAUUUCCCCCAUCUCUUCAGAUCUCUUGAGUAGCUUGAAUCAGACCUCGUGAUCCUCUUUGUUGAAUCUCUUCAGAAGCAUGAAUUAGAUCCACAUACUCCUCUUUCUUCCUCUUCUCCCGCUUGCAAUCCAUUGAGAACCAUGACUCAGACCACCAGAUCCUCUUUCUCACUCUAUUCUCUCCUGAAAUCUCUUAAGAAGCACUCAAUCCUCUCUUUCUCGUUUCUCUCUAAAAAUUUCUUUACUAGUUCGAAUCAGAUACUAAUUCCUCUUUCUUUUACUCAUGCUCCUCAAUUGCAGGUCAUCCAGAUUGACCCCAGCAAAGAAGAAGAAAUGGAAUUCUGGCAAGAAGGCAACCUGAGUAUCGCUGCCAUGGCCAGGAACAGCCUGCUCCACCAGACCACAGUGGCUCAUGUCUGUGAAAACUUUGUCUGCAGAGCACCCGUCACCUCCCUUCAAGCUCUCUACACUCUGCUGAACAAAACUCCCACCGGAGCAUAG